AUGAGAACGUAUCUGCUGGAGCUUAAGUCGAAGGACACCGAGCCAAUUGACUGGAAAAAGGGGCUUGCUUCCUACCUGAGGAGGUCGUAUGGGUCAGGACAAUGGUCACAGUUUUAUAAUGAGAAGCUAGCGGAUGAGUUUGAUCGGCUGCGAAACAAUGCAAACGGGGAGCUUGCACCGGAGGCGCUCCUUGAGCAAAAUCUGGUUUACUACGCGUUUUUGGAGCAUCUGCACCUGCGACUGGGAAAUAAUAGUGGUCAAUUAAAGCUGGAUUUUACGUGGUACGAAGCUGAAUACAGUGGAUCUGGAAACCCCCAAAAAUGCUCACAACAUAACCUCGUUCUGGAGAAAUCAUGUACUCUUUUCAACAUUGGUGUGCUGUACACGCAGGUGGCAAGAGCGAAACUGAGCGGGGAUCUUAAAGAAUCGGUUUCGUAUCUGUCUAAGGCCGUCGCAUCUUUCAGGUUCCUGUCAGAAAACUUUCUAAACUCGCCGUCCGCUGAUUUGCAGGCAGAGAAUACCGAGUUUCUUGCAGAUGUCGCUCACGCGGAAGCUCAAGAACUGUUUGUGUUGAGACUCAUCAAUGGAACAGAUCCCGCCAAACAAGCUUCGUUGAUCAGCAAGUUGGCUUAUGCGGUUGCUAACUUGAACGAGAGGUGUUCGCGGUUUUACGAAGAAGCAGAAGAAAAUGCGACUGGCUACGGUGAGACGAAAUGGCGCGCCAUUCUCAAGUGCAAGGUUCACUUCUACAAGGCAGUGACAGCGUAUUACUAUGCGAUUUUCCUGGAGCAGCAAAGCAAGUAUGGAGACGCUUUAGCCUUUUUGAAAGUGGCGAAAGCCAGUCUGAUAUCGUCACUCAUCUACAAAUCGCAUUUAGCGGACUUUAUCGAUUUCCAAAGCUUCAAGGAAAGCGUAGAAAUCAAAGAAAAACAAAUCAGCAAAGACAACGACUAUAUUUAUCACGAUAUAGUUCCACAAACCGUCGAGCUUGAAGCAGUCAAAAGCAUGGACGCUAUCAAGUCGCCGGACUGGCCCAAACAAUUGGAUCCGUACAUGGAGCAAGUGGCGUCAAAAUGUGAUGUCUUGUUCAAAGGCAUAGUACCUAUUGAGAUUUAUGAGCGAGAGAGCAUUUACUCUGAAGAGAAGGCCACCUUUUUGAGAAAGAAAAUCGACGCUUCCGAGACCGCAAACUGGGAGUAUGCCUCGUUUGUCGAAUUCACCAACUUGCCUAAACUCUUGGCUGACUUGGAGGCAAGAUAUAAGAGUGGUUCUCUUCAAGGAAUGAACAACCCCGAAUUGGACUUAAUGAAGGAGCAAUUAGGGUCCUGGUCUAAUGCUAUUAAGAGCAGCCCUUUCAAGAAUAUUGACGACCAAAUGGGUCUGAUUGUUUCUAAGAGGCGGGAAAUUUUGGAUAUGUUACCUCUAUUAUCAAGCGCCCAAAAAGAAAAUAUUGUAAAGUUGAAAGCUGCUCUUGUGGAAGCCUCAAAGUCAGACGAGCGAUUAUUUUCGUUGGUCAAACCUUAUGUCCAGGAAAUCAACCUUUUGAAGGACGACGUUGUGCUUUGGAAAAAGUUCAACUCUUUUUCAAUCAAUAAGGAAGAUCAACCAAGCCUCCUAGAUGUAGAUGACUCCAAGGUGGAAAAGAUCCUUGAAAAACUGAGGUCAAUCAAACAGCUUGCUGAGGAUUUGAAACUAUUGAAGGAAGAGCGCUCAAGAAAUUUGGGAGAAUUGAAAGAGGCAUUGAAUAAAGAUGACAUCACUAAAAUCCUACUGCUUCAUGGUAAGAAAAUGGACACUGAGCUGAAGCAGGUUUUUGAAAGCGAAAUGGAAAAGUUUCAGCCAUUCGGUUCCAGGAUUGAAGCCACCAUAUUCAAGCAGACCUCGACCAUAAACGAUAUCAAGUUUCAACUCGAUGAGGUUUUCAAGCUUUCCGGAUUUCAAAACACAUCGAAACUUGAAAUGGAGUCGUUUGAAGAAUGCAAAGGAUUUGUUGACAAACUGAAUGUAGCUUUUGAAAAUUUCGGAACAUUCUGUAAUGACCUUCCUAAAGGGUUGGCUUUUUAUGAUUCACUGCUAAAGAUGAGCAGAGAUCUUUUAGUGAUGUCACAGGCAGAAGCGAACAAUAACCAAACUGGCCCAUCGAAUGAAGAGCUCCUUUCGACAGGGCACAAACUCCAGAAAUUAUCUAUCUCUGAUUCACAACCUGAAAUCCCCCCUCGUACGUACGCGAAGGGUAUAAGUAGUCUGCCGGCUGGUGCUACUCCACUCGGCUAUCAAAGUCCGGGAGCCUGGAGCUCCAAUUCGCCACAAAGCAGGCCAUCAGUUCCCCCGGUUCCACCAAAGCCGCCCGCAUCAUUUGUUUCGAAACCAUUGGAUUACGACGAGCAAGAAUUGCAAAAGAAUCCAACAUCAUUUUACAAUAAGCCGUCAGUAUUCGACGAGAACUUGUACUCCAAGUUUAGUGGUUAA